AUGGCGGAGACUCAAGACGACACCCCACUCAAAGUCAUCGUCAUCGGCGCCGGCCUAGGCGGCUGCGCAACCGCCCUCGCCCUCCACCACCAAAACUUCAAUGUCUCCGUCUACGAAAAACUCCCCCGCUUCAAACGCCUCGGCGACUCCCUCGGGCUCGGCGAAAACGCGCUCAAACUCCUCCGCCGCUGGGGCGGCCAGCGCCUCUACGACCGCCUGACGGAAAUCGGCAACCAAGCGCCGGACAUGCAGAUCCGGCGGUGGUCGGACGGGAAAGUGCUGGCCCAGCAGCCGCUGAUGGAUAUGGCGGGCUACAUCGGGCACCGCGGGGACUACCACGAGGUCUUCCUACAGGCGGUGCGGGACGCGGGGAUCGAGAUCCAGAUGGGGCGGGAGGUGGUGGGGUUUGAUGAGGAAGGGCCGAGUGUGCGGUUGAAGGACGGGGAGGUGGUGGAGGCGGAUGUGGUGGUCGGGGCGGAUGGGAUUAAGAGUAAGGCAAGGGAGUUGGUGUUGGGGUUCAAGGACCAUCCGAGGAGUAGUGGGUAUUCGUGUUUUCGGGCGUAUUUUCCGGGUUUGCAUUUGAAGGAGGAUCCGGCGUGUAGGGACUUGGCGGACCAUGAUUGUGUGAAUAUCUGGAUUGGGGAUGAUACGCAUGUGGUGCAGAACACGCUGCGUGGUGGUGAGGAGUUUAACUGGAUCUUGACGAGAAAACUGAGCCAUGAGAAGGAUAUGGAGAUUACGGAGUCGUGGUUCCAGGAGGGUGAUUUGGAGGAGGUGUGGAGGUGUAUCGAAGGGUUGGAUCCGCACAUGGUGGCGGCGAUCAAGAAAACGCCUUCUGACAAAGUCCUGGACUGGAAGAUCUGCUAUCGGGACCCGCUGCCUACAUGGGUCAGCAAGAGCCAUAAGAUUGUUUUGCUAGGAGAUAGCUGUCACCCUCACCUCCCGACCAGCGCGCAAGGCGCAUCGCAAGCGACGGAGAGCGCGGCGGUGUUGGCGAUCUGUCUUAAAUUCGCCGGCAAGAACGAUAUACCGCUCGCGACCCGAACGUACGAAAAGCUCCGCUUUGCCCGAACAAGGCAGUCUCAGACCAACGGCGAAGAUCUCCGGGAUCGAUGGCACAGUGCUUUGAAACUCGCGAAUGAAGGCAAAGAGAUUGAUCCCGAAAGCGUCAAGAUGCGGAACCGGCCGCUCUAUGCUUUUGAUGCGGAAGCUGACACGCUCCAGCGGUGGCAUACCGUCAGCUCGCAGGUGGCGGAGGAGCUGAGGGCGGGCCAGAUUACUCCUUUAUUUCAGGUAGCUGGGAAGGCUGCGGUCAGUUCAUAG